CACAAAUAUCGUUGAAAUCGAAGUGUGCCCAUCUCUAAAUGUCACAUUCGUUUUACAACACUGAAGCGCAUUCGACUUACAGCAACUCUCAGCAAAAUGGAAAAUCAAGGAGAAAAAGCACAAGAGUCGCCAAUUGUUGAGUCUGACGAUAAGGUUGUGAUGGCGUUAUAUGAAUAUGAGAGGUUAGUUCGCGAAAGUUCUGAGAAGUGCUUUAAUACAAUAAUUCGGUUGACAGAAGAGCGGAACCUGCUGAAAUCUAUGAACCGAAUGUAUGAAGAGCGCGAAAUGCGACUAAAGAAACGGCGGCUGAAGAGACAGGCGAAGAAGAAGCGAGCAAAGGAGUUUGCGAAGAAGAUGCAAGCAAAGGAGUUGGCACAAGUGAAGCAAGAAGUUAACUCAACUAGUACAACUACUACAAUCCAGCUAGGCAAGGCAGAGCCAUAAUGAGAGCAAGCGCUCUGCCAGCGCUGACUUCGCGCGCUGUCAACGUCGCAACGUGCGACGCAUGCUAAAAUAAAAGGCGUGCGAAACA